UUGGCACUUUUUGUGGUUUUGAAAUGGUGACAACAGCUAUCAAAUGUAUUUCUGUUGACACAUACACAGGAGUUAUUACGUGGUUUUUCUUUCAUGAAUUUCUUGUUGCAUGUGCUGUCCUAGCAUUUGUCAAUAUUUUGCACUGAAAGUCCAGAUCCAUACCUCAAACUUUUGAAAAAGCACAAUUUUGUUCUUAAUGUAAAACGUUCUUUAGGCGGGGGACGUUGGUAACUCUGUUUGCAAUUCUUGUUGACAAGGCCAUGGCAAUAUCUAUUUUAUUAUUUCAUACUACUUUAGAUUACUUACCUAAACUGACAUUGUCAUGGCUUGAUUUUUUAUUAAGGUCAUGGCAACACUUAUUUUCAUAGCAACAUCUAUUCCAUCAUACUGCUGUAGAUCACAUAUUCAAAAUGACGAGGUCAUAGCAAACAUUUUUUUUACACUGCACUAGAUUACCAAGCCGUAGAUGACAAUUUCAUUUGUGAUAUAAACGGGAAACACAUUCCAAAAAAUAUGAGAUGUAUCCAUUACAUUGACGAAACCGGCUUUCCUAUUGGUUGUAGAGAUGGGAGUCAUCUGAACAAUUGUGAGCACUAUAAAUGUCCACAGGGUAUGGCUAAAUGCCCUAACAGCUAUUGUAUUCCACAUCGGUUUCUAUGUGAUGGACUUCUACAUUGCCCGGGAGGGGAAGAUGAAUACUAUUGCGGAUGUGCCCCAUCAAAAAAUGAAAUUCUUAUUAUUCACGACGAGGAAACUACUGAUGGGCCAGAUAUAUUUCGGUUUGCACAGCAAUUUUCCACUGCAACAAAUAUUGUUCGUGUAUUAAGCUAUAAGGCAACAAAACCAUUCAGUGCUUAUGGAAUCAAUAAUUUGUUGCUAGACGUUCUUGAUAAGGAAAUAAGUAGAGCACAAGAUACUGAAAAUUCGUUCAGUUGUCGCUAUAAAACAAUGGCAAAACAUCUUCUAGAGUCAGUUCAUUUUACAAACGAUCAUCUGAAAGGUGUUAUUUUAAUUCAAACGAGAGGGGUUGCAGAAGAAGUCAAUAAGGAAAUCGUAGGAACAAAGUUUAUCUUAGAACAAAAUACAAAAGUUUACAGGGUGAUCGAGAAUUUUAAUUUGUCAAGUUAUUCAAAGACUUCAAGUUCGGAAAAUGUUUUAGAAUUUUAUGUUAGAAGAUGGCAGAGUCUAAAUGGAAUUGGUGCAGAAUAUUUCAGCGACCUAUGCAAUAUAACAACAAAGGUUCACUGCCCCUAUGGUUACAAAUGUGCUUGGAGUCAUGCUUGUUUAUUGAUAGAUCAAGUCUGUGACGGGAUUGUUCAUUGUAUACAUGGUGACGAUGAGGCAAUUUGUGACUUUAGAUGUCCAGAUAAUUGCACAUGCCAGGGGUAUGUUGCUGAUUGCAGCAACACUGACUUUCAGUUAUCUUUAUUACCAACAGUACCAGAUACAGUCCGGUAUCUUGAUUUUAGUUCUAACAUCGGACUCAGUUCUAUAUUGGAGGAAUCUUAUUUACAUUUGCAAACUUUAAUCGUCUUUAAUCUUUCAUACUGUGGAAUACAGCGUAUAAAUUCAUAUUCGUUUGAAAGAAUGAAGAAUAUCCGCCAUUUAGAUCUAAGUUACAACUUAUUAACAAUUUUGCCAGAUUUUGUGUUUAUCAGCUUAGAGCAGCUACAAGUCCUUAAUCUACGAGGUAACUAUCAGCUAUCAGUAAUAGAAAUGUAUGCCUUUGUUGGACUGGUUCAUGUUGGAGAACUGGACUUAGCCAAUGCUAGACUGGAAACAGUUUUGGCAGACACAUUUUCAGGAAUGAGUCUACACAACUUAGACUUAUCAAACAACAAGCUAAAGGGAUUGGCAAGUUUUGCUUUCCGCGGUGCAUCUAUACGGUCUAUCAGUUUCAAAGAAAAUAAUAUAAAAUCAUUUAAUACAGAAAUAUUUACUGGACUUAUUGGUUUAGAAAACCUGAUUACUCCGGAGUUCAAAUUCUGUUGUAUUCGACCCAAUUAUGUAAAAGAAGAAAACUGUUAUCCUCAAAAAGACGAGUUUUCAUCCUGUGAUGACCUGAUGAGACACUCUGUGCUUCAGUUUUUGAUAUGGUUAAUAGGAAUCACUGCGUUUCUUGGAAAUAUUCUGACGAUUUUCUACAGGCUGAAAUAUGAUAGAGAAAGAUUGAAAUUGGGGUUUGGCAUAUUUGUUACAAACUUGGCAGUUGCCGAUUUUCUAAUGGCUAUAUAUCUCAUCAUUAUAGCUGCUGCCGAUUCUGCAUUUCGGAAAAGAUACAUAUUUAUGGACGACUACUGGAGGCACAGUAUAUGGUGUAACCUUGCGGGAAUGCUGUCCACCACAUCUUCAGAAGCGAGCGUUUUAUUUCUUUGUCUCAUUACAUUGGAUAGGCUUCUGGUAAUAAAAUUUCCGUUUGGACGAGCUAAAUUGACCAAAGACAGAGCUGUCAGUUGUGCCAUUUUCACGUGGGUAUUUUCCGUUACUGCAGCCAUAUUUCCACUUGCUUAUGAAGGAUAUUUUAAAAACGAAUUCUACUCAAAGUCUGGUGUUUGCAUUGCUUUACCGUUAACAAGAGAUCGUCCACCUGGCUGGGUUUAUUCCUUAUCGGUGUUUGUUUGCCUGAAUUUUCUUACAUUUAUCUUAGUCGCAGUUGGGCAGCUCUCGAUUUUCAUUGAAAUUCGCAAUUAUUCUGGAAUCGCCACCACUGUAGAAAGUUCAAGAAAAAGGGACCUUAAAGUUGCAAGGAAUCUUCUGCUAGUUGUAGCAACUGAUUUUAUGUGCUGGUUUCCUAUAGGAGUCAUGGCAAUGUUUGCGCUGUCUGGUCACGUGAUAUCUGGAGAGGUAUAUGCAUGGGCAGCUGUUUUUAUUCUACCAGUCAACUCGGCUCUUAAUCCUAUUCUAUAUACAUUAAGUGCCAUCAUUGGAGGAACGAAAUUCAGUCCCAGUACUGAUGAACAGUCAUUGAAACAAAUGACACAAGAAUUAGGAGAGAACACAAUCAGAUGUUUAAAUGCCAGCCGUUGUUUAACAAGGUCGAUACGUCGCCAUGACUAUGAAGACAUCACUAUGAUUCCCGACGAAGUAGAUAUACCAGCCGUGUCUAUCUUAUCUAUUUGUAAGGCACUGGCACAUACAUUAGAAGGAUUACAAAGUUGCUCUCUAGAUAUAAGUCUAUUGGACAAAGGCUCUUUGUUUGUUGGUGUCAGAAGUAAACAGCUUACAGGAUUACUGAGAAUUAAAGCUGUACCGUUUAUAUCCUAUAAACCAGAGGAUAAAACUGAGAGGAUCAAACAUCUAGGAAUGAUAAUGAAAGGUCUUUUAGCAGCAAGAGAAAAGCGACAGUUUUGUGGAACUAAAUAACUGGAUAACUUUUAACAAGCGUAACUGAAGCACUGUUGUUUAGUAAAAGGUUUUCAAACCGGUGAACAUUUCAAAUUUAGUUUUCCAUCAACCAACGGUUCUUGAAAGGUGAAUCGCAUGCGUAUAAAUAAUAAAAUACUUCAGAAAUAACCUUGAAUUUCAGUCUUUUUAUUGUCGGUGUAAUAGACUUAAGUGUUACAAUUAAAAAUUAUAUAGUGCUUAGAUAGAUAAUGCUUUCAACUAUUCUAGUUUACUGUGAACACAUUUUAACUGUUAAGAGUAUUUCAAAUUGAUUUUUUAUAGUUUAUUGUUGUCGGAACACCGGUUUUUACGUAUAUAAACUAACUAUCGUUGCAACAGAAAUAGACUAAAAGAUGAUAUUAUUCCAAUUUUUAAUGCAUCGCAUGUUUCAAGUGUUUUCAGUGCUUUGAUUUAAACCUUAUUUGUCUCUUUAUAAUUGUUGUGCGUAAAGUUUAUCUACUUAUUUUCAAUUUAUUGUUUGUUUGUUUAAUUAAUUAAUCAACAAGAACAAUUAAUUACGGAAUGUAACAAUUUGCAGAAAAAGAGCAAGCGUUUGUAGUAUGUUGUGGUUAUAGUCUUAAAAACUGUAUGUUAGACAAACACAUGUAUAUUGUAAUUUAAGCCUAUUUCUUAUAUUCAUAACGUAACUCUUGAAUAUUUUAUUUAUUUAUUUAUUUAUAUAUUUAUUUUUAUUUAUUUAUUUAUUUAUUUAUUGUAAUUAUUGCAUAAGUAUUGCAUUUGUAUUUUAUUUAAGUACGUUCUAAGUCUUAAACAUUGUUGAACAUAAUUAUGAAUUAAAUCAUAUUUAACGAGUCAUUACUGAUUCACGCGUCAAAAAUAUCUCCUGAACAUUCAAAAGUUUCUAUACGUAUUUGGUAUGACUCUAAAAGACCGCCAUGAAUUUAUUCACCAGUUUUUGUAAACCUAGCUUAUGCACUGCACUGCCAAUCAAAGACGAAAAACAUUUUCUUUAGAUCAAGUAAAAUAAUGGUAACUUUCCUGUUAUUACUGUUGUGUUUGUUGUUGUGGUCGUCGUCGUUUUCGUAAUAAAUAAAUGCCUGGCUUAUCUUGCCGACGAUUUUUCACGACUAGACGUGUAAGGCAUCAUGUAAUUGAAGUCAGCUGGAAAUGAAGUUCUUUUUAGCCGCAAAAUAGAUAUUUUAUGACUAUUAAUAGUGUGCGGAGAGAUGGACAGACAGACAGACGGACAAGCACGUUUCAGUAUAUGUUAACGUCAUUAUUCACAUUUACUACUUGAAUGAAAUACUCAAAGAACUUAACCAGUUCAAAAUUAAAAUGAAUCACAUUUUAUACCGAAAUUACACUGUCAAAAUCUAGUUGUUCAAUAGACUGACGAAAGAAAAGGACUUUAACAACUUUACUUUUAACAUUUACAUAAGCAUUAAUAUAACAAUAGAAACUGAAACAUAUUUGACGUUUUGCAUUUACAGAUGUUUAUUUCUUGACGAUCAAUGAGCAAUUAGUUUGUAAUUAUUUGAAGCAAUUACUUUAUUUAUAAUAUAGGACAAAUGAACAGAGCACAGUUACACUUAAAAAAAAACAUCAGUAAAAAAUUAAAAUAGAAAUCUACAUAUUUUUGUUCUUUAUUUGUUUGUUGUUAUUGUUGUUUUUUUUCUCUCUCUUUUUUUUCAUUUUUUUGUUUUGUUUAGAAGGACAUUUGUUCUGC